ACGAACUCGGCCUCCUCCAGCGGGAUGCGAUGGCCCAGGUUGGGAGCGAUGUACGGCGUGGGCAUGUGGACGGGCUCCAGCAGGGUGGUGGUGUCCAGAUCGAUAUCUGUCGAUGACCACCGAAGUAAUGGUACAAGAUUGCUGGUCUCUAAUUCGGUGGAACCUUGGUCGAGUCUGGUUGAUGCUUGUGUCCGAAAUUCCCAAUCAUAGGGAGUUGCCAAGAUCUGGAAUGGUGAUCUGAAGUUUGCAGGAGCUCCGGACUCUGCGGUUAAACCUGCGCUGGCAAUUCGGCCAUGGGAGGCAGGCAGAGCAAGGGGAGACAGCCUUCAGGGUCGUCAGAGACCCCCCAGCAAAGUUGCAGGAAAAAGUCUCCAGCCCGGGAGAGAGGUGACUUCCUUCCUAGCUUUGUGUUGAAGUCCGGGGACAGGUGCACAAGGAAUCCAGUCCCUCCACCCUACCAGCGACGAAUUGGCAUGAUUCAGGACAUGGUGACACUGGCCAAACAGGGGAGGCAGGAGGAGGCCACAAACUUACUGAGGAGCCUGAGGCAGGACUUAGGAAUGGAAUCGACCUCAUUGGAUGAUGUCCUGUGCAGAUAUGCCAGCUUCCGCAAUCUGGUGGAUCCCAUCACUCAUGACCUGAUCAUCAGUCUAGCCCGGUACAUCCACUGCCCCAAACCGGAAGGGGACUCAGUUGGAGCCAUGGAGAAGGUUUGCAGGCAGCUGACCUACCACCUCAGCCCACACUCGCAAUGGAGACAUCAGGGCCUCAUGAAACGGAAGCCCCAAGCCUGUCUGAAAGCUGCCCUGUCUGGAAGCCCGACAAAUGAGACCAUGGAUUUAUCUGGAAUUGCGCUGACAUCCAAGGAUAUUGAACGAGCGGCUGUGUACUUGCAGCAGAAUCAAGAGCUGAUCAGCAGUGUGGAGUUGUGUUUCACUGAACUGACGGACGAAGGUUUCCUGCACCUACUGCCCACCCUUAGUUCCCUCCCGCAUCUCAACACCCUGUCCUUGAAUGGGAACAAGCUAACAAGGAGCAUACUGAGGGAGCUAACAGAAACACUGAAGGACCUGGAGAAGUUCCCCAGUAUUGCCUGGAUCGACCUAGGUAAUAAUGUCGAUAUCUACUCGUUGCCUCAACCCUUCCUGGUCAACCUCCGGAGGCGAAGCCCCAAGCACGGGAACCUGCCCACCAUCUUGGAGUUCGGGGAGGGUCAAGGCAGUGACCCAGAGAACCCUGAGACUGACCCAUGUGAGAGCUCAGGUGACAGAAUGGCGACAACACAGGGUGUGAUGCCUCACCUUCAGCUCCAUGCCAGUGCGGCCAUGGUGUGUGACAGUUUGGAGGGUGAAGAGACUGUUGAACUUGAGGAUGAUUCUCUGGCCAAUCAGACCUGACACAUGUGGCAUGGACUUGGGGUGGUUUCAUUGGCAGGAUUGGCAAGACACAUCAGAAAAGACCAUGAAGUACUGAACUGUCAGGUUAGGUGGAAAGUGUCAGAAAGGAGAAGCAUUGAUCAGGUUUAUGAGUCCAAGGUGAAGCCAGCAUGCUCGGAAAGGCUUUCUUACCCAGAAACUCGUGCAGAACCUGCUUUCAGUUAGUUACUGCUCUUCAAUUAAGGAUCUGCAUAUUUCUGUUUCUUUUUCUUUAAACAAUACUUGCCUUCCUUUCCAGUCACUCUCUGUAACCAUCAUAACUCUGAGACUGAAUGAACAGUCACUGGGACAGAAUCAACCAAGGAGGCUUGGGGGUUGGUGGGUAGUGGGGGAAGAGACACUCAGUGGCUCUCAGCCAAUGGGUACCUUUUAUCCUGAUCCCGGAAAUGGUGAGUCUCAGUCACUCUGGGAGGUAGUCAGGCUACAGAGAGAUCAGCUAAUAGAACUUUAGACCCUCUGUGACGGAGAUGUCCCCACCAGCCCGUCUUGAGCCUCUCUGCCCCUUUCUUCUUCCUGCUGCAGGGACAGUGAAUUAAUGGCCAUAUAAACUGUUAUCUCACAACUGACAUAGAUCCUCUGAGUAAACCUAGUCCUGGCCUGACCAACAGAGUGAGGUCCUUCUGGGAUCACCAGCUUGGUGAACAGGAGCAGGAAUCCUGGCUCAUGUUCCCUUCCGGCACCAGGGGACUGAGGCCAGUUGCAGCCUCCCAAACUCUUGCCCCUGAGAAUAAGUUGCAAUAUUAGAAAAGGACUGUCCUGUUGGAUAAAUCUCUCACUCAGUACCAUGUUAAUCCUACUCCCCCGAGUGUCCUCAUUUCACUCCAUUCAUUGUUCCUUUAUCCUAAAUUCCUAUGCUUCGGAUAAGUGGCACAACACCAAUCUAUCCCUCUUGAAUCCUUCAACACAAUUGGUACUUAUACCAUUAAAUGUCUGCUUCAUCAGUCAAGACCUCUCAGUGGGAAGAAAUGUUCUUUCAUUUUAAUGAUAGCUGAUAAUUAUAAAUGGUUCCAUCUCCUCGGGUACUAUUCCCUUUCUUUUCAAAUACCACACAAAAAAAGACAAUCCUUGACCCCCAUUGUACUUGUAAACUACCAGCCCAUCUCUAAACAACUUUUCCUCUCCCAAGCCCUUGAACAUGUUGCCACCUCCCGAACCUGUGCCCAUCUUUCCCACAACUCAAUUUUUGAAUCCAUCCAAUCAGGUUUCCACCCUCUCACUGUACUGAAAUAACUCUUAUCAAAGUCACAAAUGACAUUCUAUGUGACUGUUACAAAGG